GUACAUCAUAUAACACGUACACAAGCAAGAACGGAACACUUCCAUCGAACGUAUCCAGAAACAGCAAUAGCAGAUAAAUUUGGCAUAUGGCGUCGAAGAUUCUUCAGCUGGUGAUCGGCGUGGCGGUGGUCAGCGUGCUUGCAUCGGCAGCGGCGCCGCCGCAGCCACCGCGCAUACAAGCGGACGUCGUUGUCAUGGGCUACGUGCCCUGCAAAAACGGCACCUCCAUGAAAUCGAGCUCUGCUCCCGGCUUCCCAAACGCAGUGGUGCAGCUGCGGUGCGCGGACGCCGUCGACGCGGCGGCGGGGAACGCAACGACGGACGGCAAGGGCUGGUUCCGCAUGGCGAUGAACACGAGCACGGCGCUGUCGAGCGUGGCCAGCGGCUGCUCGCUGGUGGUGGCCACGCCGCUUGCCACCUGCAACGCGUCUCUCCCGGAGACGGGGACGCUGGAGUCCCGCCUCCGGCUUCUCGUCAGCAUGGUCUUCUUCCCGCGUGGCUUCUCCUACGUCGCGCCGGCUUCUCUCGAUUAGUUAACUUAGCUAGCCCAGCACGCUUUUUGAUCCGUGUUCGUCUGGAUCGCGUGGUCAUAAUUGGUCUGCCAUACGGCUAGUAGUGAGUGCACUGAGGCCGCAGAUGAACGAAUGAUUAUGUUUAAUUACGUUCAAAGUUCACAUGGAGUCACUACUACGAAGUACGAACACCUGACAGGUGCCGUUUGCCAAAUUAACUAAUGUACACCGGCGGAGCCAAGGACCACCCAAAAAAAAAUGCCGACGAACCUCUAAUACGAAAAAAAUGACGAUUCUGUCGAUUGGUGUUCAUACAAGU